AGCGAUAUUGUACACUCAUUCAAAUGGUUGAUGUCGCUCCAUCUUUUUUCUCCUCUCUUCCUUCACCUCUCUCAUCAUCUUUCAACUUUCAACCCGACAUUGUCCUCUCUGUCUCUCUGUUUCCCAGAGAAGCAACUUGGUAAAGUAUAACAAUGGGCAAGCGUCGCGGCGAUGAUGUUCUUGUGGCAAGUGUUCCUGCCGUGGUGACGGAAACGAUCUUCACUGCAGCAAUGUCACCCUCCCCCAGUUCAAGACCCGCUGGUGCCAACAACCAUUCUCCACCUUCAUGGAUCGACUCGGCCUCCUUUGACCACAAGCUCAUGGUGGUCCGAGAAAACCUCAAAUUGGAUGUCUCUUCCAUGGAUGACUUUCUGGCUGAAGUGGAACACUGUCAGGGAAAGAUGCAUGACUUUCAACGUAAACAAGAGGAUAUCAAGGCAUCUUCACAAAGCAUUCAGGACCGGUUGAUGGAAAAAAUCCAACAAGAGGAAGCCAAAUGUCAAGUGGAAUCUGCCAAUGUCGAAACCAUGGAGAAAGAACUCCAAGAAAUUGCCCAAGAACGUGAUUCCAUUGCCAAUGACAUUGCCGAUUUGAAUCGGAUGCGAGAUGACUUGACACAAAGGAUUGCCAUGGCUGUCGAAGAAGCCAGCCAACAAGUCGAAGAUAUCAAUAUGGUGGACGAGGCACGUAAGAAUCAAGUACCAAGGCUCAAGCAUCAAAUUUCCCUCUAUGCCGACACCACGGGGAUCAAAUGGGACUUUGAAGACGACAAGAGACUCGAGGGGCACGUGUCCAUUUCCUCGAAGCAGGUUGUUCGCUCUUUCUCGAUCGAUCCGCAAGAUCACACCAAGUUUGAAAUCGCCAACAAAUUGUGGGGUAUCAUGGACACCUCGCAACGGCUCUAGUUUUACCUCUGCAUUUUUGCUCUAGUCCUGCUGGUUGAUUGAUCUGACACACAUCAUCACAGUCACUCACGCAAGAGGAUACUCAUCUUUGGAUUCCAAACUCAUGUAGCCAGUCUAUUAUAUCCAAUUUCAGACGGAACAACGAACAACACGUGACAAUCUACCAAGCCCUUUACAAAUUUGGGCUUCACGUAGUCUAUCCUACAGGAAAGACGUAUCUUAGCUUAGUGAUUAUUUUUACACAUGUU